GCACACAAUAACACUGCUUUAUGUUCCAGAAGAAUCCUAACUUUGUACUUUCUUGAGCAGCGGCUGCCUCCCACUCCAACUGCUGUCAAACUGCUGUCCCUGUGUCAGAGUGAGCCACAGAGAGACAGAGAGAGGAGAGGAGCCAGGGCUCUACGGGACCACGGCCGGAGACAGGCGUAUGCUAACAGGAAAGGAGGAGAAGCCAUGCCAAACCUGAGGUAUUUAAGGGUGCAGCAAGUAUAGUUGCACGAGAAGAGCUAUAAUUAUGAGAGGACAGCAGUGAGGACUGUGUUAGAGGGGACUGAGCAGAGCACAACCUAAACAUCCUCCUCGCCCCAUUGGCUAGCAGGGGCUUUAAGUACCCUUUAAGGAGCGACUUCUGCAAAUGAUGGAAAAACAGCCAGUGAACGGCGUGUCUUCAAACAUGAACGGAAAUUCGAAAAGACCGCCAUCCUACUCCGUGGAGACUCCAUAUGGCUUUCACCUGGACCUGGACUUCCUGAAGUACGUGGACGACAUUGAAAAGGGCAACACCCUCAAGCGCGUGCAGCGGAGGAGCAGGCCGUCCAGCGCCACCCCCCCGGCCCACAACCACAGCCUCCCCGGCCACGGGCGCGUUCACGGACCCACCCAAUGGAGGUCCAUUGGUUCCCUGUGGCCCAAGUCUCGGACCACGGACGCCCAGCACACGUGUGACAGAGGCUUGGCCAGCUAUCCCAGACAUCCGGGCGCCCCUUACAUGUCCCUGACCAGUGCCCAGAUGGAGGAGAGCAUCCGGGCCUUUGACGAGCAGCCGCUGGGGCUUUACGUGAGGCCCAAUCUGCUGCGGGCCUCCAGCCUGCCCGCGACCGUCCUGCUGCAGAGGCGCUCGGAGUCCAACGAUGAUCCGACCAGUCCCGGGAGCUCCAGGGACCACCUGCUGCAGGAGAACGGCUCCUCUGAGAACGUGUUCAGCGACUCGAGCAGGCCGGCCGGCGGCGGCGGCGGGGCGCUGGCGGGGACGCUGCAGCGCCUCACUGUGGCGCUGCGGCGGGUCGGCGAGCUGGAGGAGGAGAUCCGGGUGAUCCCUGAGCUCAAAGCCAAGAUCUGCAUCCUGCAGGAGGAGAGGGAGAGGCUUCUCGUGAGGCUCGACUCGGAUCCAGAGAACAACCGAGAAGAGACGGACUCUGACCCGAAGGCCAACGGCCGACUACAGGCGUCCGCGGACGGCGUGACCGACUGGGGCAACGGGCACAGCUCAGGACGCGGCUCAAGCACUCUGGAGGACCAAGAGGACGACUGGAUGAGCCGCGAACUGAAACGGCUGGAGGAGAAAGUCAACGCCUCGUCCGUGCAGGUGGAAAACGAGGUCAUGAUGUCAUCAGUCCGAGACGGGCCACUUUUGGGGGCAGGACAGAGGGCUCCCACAGUCCUCUCUAAGGAGCGAGUGGAGCGCCAGUCUGUGGAGGCCCUCCAAAAGAGGCUUGCAAACCUGGAGCAGAGGCUCAGGGAGUCAGAGAGGGAGUCGCAGACGGCCAAGGCGUUUCUACGGAAACAGGUGGAGGAGGGAAGGCUGAAGGACCAGAGAUUAGACCAACUCACCAGCAACAAAGACAUAUGGGUGAAGAUGGAGAGACCAGAGGUUCAUCAAGGUGCGGCCAGGGACCUAAACAGCCCAUUUUCAGACAUUCUGCAAGGUAUGCCUAGUAAAAGGGAUGUUACUGAGAGCACCCCAAAGGAGUGGAGGGUUGCUGAAGAGGGUGGUGGCAGACAGGAGGUGAAGGUGCCGGGGGACGUGAGCCACCAUGUGGGGAGAGUCCGCGAGCUCCUUCAGGAGCAGUGGGAGUGUCUGUGUGCAGGUCAGCCACCAGGGAGGGGGUCAGCAGAGCACCUGCCCCCCAGAGUCACCUCCAUCCAGGAGGAGCUGAUGAGGCUGGUGGAGACCCUCACAUCCAGUGGCACAGAAGCUGAGACUUCUGCUUUGAUGGAAAGGAAUGGUCAGGAGGAUGAGGCUGUCAGGAGCACUGGAGCCAGCCACAGCAGCAAAACAACUUUGAGCGGACCAUCUGGUUGGGAGGAGGUUGGAAACGAGGGCAGAUCACACUCGCUUGAGGAGACAACGGGGAGUGAAGCGCUAGAAAACACGAGACACCGAGACACAGAGAACACGGCGGAGAAGACAGAAAGAGAACAGGACCUUCAAGCACAACCAGAAUCACGAAGCGAGACAGUAAGGUCCGCAGAGCGACAGGAGAGGACGGCGGGACAGACCGACUCUGGUGGACACCGGGGAGGAUUGAGAGAUCCCGAGGAAUCAGGAAAGGAAGCGAGAGUUGAUGAGGCCUUCAUUACUGCAUGUCUUUACCUGAACGACCACAUGGAUGAAAUGGGGAAUCUGAAUGAUGAUAUGAGGCAGGCCCUGACGGUGGUGUUCCAGCACUGGUUCCAUGUGGCGGCCGAAGAGGACUCGUCUGCCCACACGGUGGCGCUGUACCUGGGGAGAGUCAGGGCCGCGACGCCCUCGCUCCUUCACUUCCUCGUCAACCUGGCAGAUGACAACGGCAACACUGGCCUGCACUACAGCGUGUCCCACUCCAACUUCAGCAUCGUCCAGACCCUGCUGAACACAGGUGUUUGUGACGUAGACGUGCGGAACAAGGCUGGCUACACCUCCGUCAUGCUGGCCUCCCUCGCCGCGACCGACUCCCCGCAGGAGCUGGAGGUGGUGCGCCAGCUCCUGCAGAGAGGAGACGUCAACCUCCGCGCUGGCCAGGUCAGCUCCUCUCCACCGCAGACAAACACUGUUAAACACGUCCUUGGGGAAACUACGGCAGGGCAGACGGCCCUGCACCUGGCUGCCAGGCACGGGCGCCGGCUGAUCGUGCCGCACCUGCUGGCCGCGGGCGCCAACACCAACGCCCAAGACAUCGCUGGCAGCACGGCCCUCAUGCUGACCUGUGAGCGGGGGCAUUGUGAUGUCGCAGCUGUCCUUCUGGAGCAGGCCGACUGCGAUCUGACACUCACUGAUAGGGAAGGACGCAGUGCUCUGGCGAUAGCUCUUCAGGCGUCCUUCACCGAGAUGGCCGACCUUCUCAAAGCCCACAUGGCCUCCUGAGGCAUUGCGGAAACUCAUGCCUGAUCACUCAUCUGCAAGCCUGACACACACACACACACACACACACACACACACAAACACAAGCACACACACUCUCUCUCGCUCUCUCACUUUGUGACUCAGACAGCAUACUAUCAGUCAGCUAAGAAUCUCAACAGGAGACAUAACUGUAAAAAGCAGCUAAGUGGACCCAAGGGUUUGAAUGGCUACUUUACAGAAAUACCCAAGCAAUACCAAAUAUCAUGGAAUGAAAGCAGGACAUGCUGAAACACACUCUAAACUCACACCCUGCAAUCUUCAAGAACAUAAUCU